UAGACUCGUAGGCUCUGGUCUUUUGGUCUUGACAAAUAUGAAUACCUACAAAUAAUUUUAGUUGCUUUCGCCGCCGGGAGCAGAAAAUACAUACGUUUUUUUUAAAGCAAAAAUAUGCAGAGUUUAAAGAGAAGAUUUCCUUCAUUAGCGAGUUUGGGCGGUGAUGGAAAUACUUCAUUCUUGCGUUCAGCACGAGCCGGUAAUUUGGAAAAAGUGUUGGAACACUUGAAAAAUAACAUCGACAUAAACACUUGUAAUACUAACGGAUUAAAUGCCCUUCACUUAGCUUCAAAAGAUGGCCACGUGCAUGUGGUCUCGGAAUUACUUAAACGAGGAGCCAUCGUUGAUAGUGCAACUAAAAAGGGUAAUACAGCACUGCACAUUGCUUCGUUGGCAGGGCAAGAAGAGGUGGUUGCUCUUUUAUUGCAAUCAUCAGCUUCGGUAAAUGUACAGUCUCAAAAUGGAUUCACUCCAUUGUAUAUGGCUGCACAAGAAAACCAUGAUUCGGUUGUAAAGUUGCUACUCGCAAAUGGUGCUAAUCAGAGUUUAGCCACAGAAGAUGGUUUUACCCCAUUAGCAGUUGCUAUGCAACAAGGUCACGAUAAAGUUGUUGCUGUUCUUUUAGAAAGCGAUACACGAGGAAAGGUUAGAUUACCAGCUUUACAUAUUGCUGCCAAAAAAGAUGAUGUCAAAGCUGCAACUCUACUUCUUGAGAAUGAACACAACCCUGACAUAACUUCAAAAUCUGGAUUUACACCUUUGCAUAUAGCUUCUCACUACGGCAAUCAAUCUAUUGCAAAUUUAUUAAUACAAAAAGGUGCUGACGUCAAUUUCCUGGCCAAGCACAACAUAAGUCCAUUGCAUGUUGCUGCCAAAUGGGGCAAAACAAAUAUGGUAUCGGUCCUACUUGAAAAAGGUGCUAAUAUUGAAGCCAAGACAAGGGAUGGUCUAACACCUUUGCAUUGCGCUGCCCGAUCUGGACAUGAACAAGUUGUUGACAUGCUCCUUGAAAGAGGUGCUCCAAUUAGUGCUAAGACCAAAAAUGGAUUAGCCCCACUUCAUAUGGCUGCCCAAGGAGAGCACGUUGAUGCUGCUAGGAUACUUUUGUAUCAUAGGGCACCAGUGGAUGAAGUAACAGUUGAUUAUUUGACUGCGCUACAUGUUGCAGCCCAUUGCGGGCAUGUUCGUGUUGCAAAACUGUUGCUAGAUCGUAAUGCAGAUGCCAAUGCUAGGGCCUUAAAUGGGUUUACACCGCUGCACAUUGCUUGCAAGAAGAAUCGAAUUAAAGUUGUGGAACUGUUAUUGAGACAUGGAGCUAGUAUAAGUGCUACUACUGAGAGUGGCCUAACACCGCUGCAUGUUGCAGCUUUUAUGGGAUGCAUGAAUAUUGUUAUAUACCUAUUGCAACAUGAUGCUAGUCCAGAUGUUCCAACUGUCCGUGGAGAGACACCACUUCACUUAGCUGCCAGAGCCAAUCAGACCGACAUAAUACGAAUUUUACUUCGUAAUGGUGCACAAGUGGACGCCAGAGCUCGGGAGCAACAAACUCCAUUGCACAUUGCUUCACGUCUAGGAAAUGUUGAUAUUGCUAUGCUUCUAUUGCAACAUGGUGCACAGGUUGAUGCCACAACAAAAGACAUGUACACUGCUCUUCAUAUUGCAGCUAAAGAAGGUCAAGAUGAGGUUUCGGCAGUUUUGAUAGAAAAUGGAGCAGCCCUAGAAUCUUCCACAAAGAAAGGAUUCACUCCAUUGCAUUUGGCUGCUAAGUAUGGACACAUGAAGGUAGCCCAGCUUCUUUUACAAAAAGACGCUGAUGUUGAUGCACAAGGCAAAAAUGGAGUGACACCUCUGCAUGUUGCAUGUCAUUAUGAUAAGCAAAACGUUGCAUUGCUUUUACUUGAACGCGGAGCAAGUCCACAUGCUCCAGCUAAAAAUGGCCAUACUCCACUGCAUAUUGCAGCUAGAAAAAAUCAAAUGGACAUUGCUACCACUUUGCUUGAAUAUGGUGCUAAUGCAGAUACCGAAAGCAAAGCUGGAUUUACACCAUUGCAUCUAAGCAGUCAGGAAGGACAUGCCGAAAUAUCAAGUCUUCUUAUCGAGCACAAGGCCAAUUGCAAUCAUGUUGCUAAAAAUGGUCUAACCCCAAUGCAUUUAUGUGCUCAAGAAGAUAAUGUUAAUGUUGCCGAAGUUAUUCAUAAAAAUGGUGCUAAUAUAAAUAUGGUAACAAAAGCUGGCUACACACCAUUGCAUGUGGCUGCUCAUUUCGGCCAAUCGAAUAUGGUUCGAUUUUUAUUACAAAAAUCUGCAAAUGUCGAUGCAGACACAACCAUCGGAUACACUCCUCUUCAUCAAGCUGCCCAACAAGGACAUUGUCAUAUUGUGAAUUUACUCCUCGAACAUAAAGCCAAUGCCAAUGCUCAAACAGCAAAUGGACAAACUCCACUUCAUAUUGCUAAACGAUUGGGCUACAUAAGUGUUUUAGAUUCGUUGAAAUCAAUUACAAACGUAGAUGAUCAAGAUAUUGAGCCAAAAGAUCAAUCUGCUGAUAAAUAUCGUGUAGUUGCACCAGAAGCAAUGCAUGAGACGUUUAUGUCAGAUUCAGAAGAGGAAGGUGGAGAGGAUAACGCACUGUCCGAUCAACCAUACAGAUAUUUGACAGUUGAUGAAAUGAAAUCAUUAGGAGAUGAUUCCUUGCCAUUUGACGUUACCCGCGACGAAAGAAUGGAUUCCAAUAGAAUGACACAGAGCAUUGAGACAACUCCAAGACAGGCCGUAGAGGAAACCAUCAGUCCUCAUCGAGCUCAAGUUCAUGAAGCAAUGAAAAACUCAUACGAAGGCACUGCAUAUAACCUCCCUGAACAGGAAUUAGUUCACAUAGGACGAAAGCUGCAAUGGAAAAACUUCUUAGUGUCAUUCCUUGUUGAUGCUCGUGGUGGAGCAAUGAGAGGCUGCCGUCAUAGUGGUGUUAAAAUGAUAAUACCGUCUAGGUCAACUUGUCAGCCGACACGAGUGACUUGCCGAUACGUUAAGCCACAAAGAACAAUGCACCCGCCUCAAUUAAUGGAAGGUGAAGCUCUAGCUAGUCGAGUUCUUGAACUUGGUCCUGUUUCUGUGAAAUUCCAAGGACCAGUUGUCAUGGAAGUACCACAUUUCGCCUCACUUCGUGGCAAGGAAAGAGAAAUAAUAAUUCUACGCUCCGACAAUGGCGAAACAUGGCGUGAACAUUCCAUCGAUAAUUCCGAAGAAAUCAUUCAAGAAAUAUAUUCGGAAUGUUUUGAGUUAGAUGAAAUUAAUCAACUCAAUGAGCAAUCUGGUAACCAUGUUUGCCGUUUCAUAACAUAUGACUUUCCACAAUAUUUUGCUGUGGUUUCUCGCAUCCGACAAGAAGUACAUGCUAUUGGUUCAGAAGGAGGUAUGGUGACAAGCACUGUUGUUCCACAAGUCCAAGCCGUCUUUCCACAAGGAGCUUUGACUAAAAAGAUUAAAGUGGGACUUCAGGUAAAUCUUUUUAAACCGCGGAAAGGUGUUGCUCCUGAAAAAUUACGCAAAAUUAGUGUUAAUCAUGUACCCAAGAAAAAGCGUUUCUCACUCAUUUGGUAAAACAAAAAUAUCUAUUUAUUCAAGCAAUAAUAAUAUAUAUCUAUAAAACCAGUAACAAUAUACCCACAUACAUACAAAAACUUAUGUAUACCAUAUAUUCUUAUUUUUCUAACCUUAAAUAAUAAAAUGUGGCAAUUAAGUACAAAUUAUAUUAAUCACGAACCAUUUUAAAAUUAUAGCAUUUAACUUUCAAUUAAAAAUACAUAGAAUUUAAAAUCAUUGCAUUCCAAUAAUUAUAUUUAAAGUUAUUUACAUUUAUUUGUUGAAUUUCAAUAGUAUGAAUAAUUUAGCUAUAAUUUUAUUUAAAUUAAUUGUUUUUCGUUAUUAUAAGAAGUUUAGUUGUAUUUAUUUCCAUUAACAUAAUCAAUAACAACGAAACAGAUUGAAUAAGCUUUUUGAUAAUUUUAUGCAUUUAUAACUGAAGAGCAAACAAGUGCUGCAUUUAUAAAGUCAGAUGCUUUAAUAAAUAAAUUUAUUUAUAUAAGUACAUAGGUAUUAAAUUAUUACAUAAGACGUUGUUAUGUACAUUGGUUACAAACAAAAUAUUUCAAUCUUAUGGUGGCCGCUUUAAUUCGACGGAUUGAAUUGAUAUUUGAAGGAUUUAGAAUGUUAGCGAGAAUUUCAGCUGGGGUUUCUAUCGAUGAGUCUACCUGUCGCGAAACGGGACACUCAACAAAAAUAUGCCAUACUGUAAGCGAUGUUCCACGACUUGGACGUACCUCUUUAGGUUCAUAAGUAUAGUAGUGCUUGCUAGUGAACAAAGUCUGACUCUGGAUAGUUUUAUAGAUUUUUCUCUACGUAAUGAAGACUGGCUGCGGGUUGAUGUUUCAGACGAUAAGUUUCAUAGUUUUUCCAUUUUCCGGAAUUUUUUGUCUUUUGGCUGCGAGCUCAGCGGCGUCAUUACCUUCAGAACUUUGUUGAGAUACCGAAAUAGCUUUAAAAAUUGCGCCCAGCCAGCUUGCCAGUAUAACUAUCUUAAUGCUCCGGAAGCUAAGUAUUGUCAAUUGUAGAAGAUUGUGGGCCGGGUUGAUAUUUUACUACCGCAAAGGUACACCAAAGAUCUUCCUUUUGCGAAUCAUUGCAUCGAUGUACAACAGCGGUUCCCAAUCUUUUUUAACCGCGGAGCAAUUUCACGCGGAGGACUUCGUUGCGCAUAUGCCAUUUUUCACAGUUACAUGUACCAAAUUAAAUACUUUUUUUUUAAUUUUGUUUGUUUUAUUGAGUUCAGGAACAGUUUCUACAACGAAAAACACAAGGACAAUAUUGACUUAAUUAGGAAUUACUUAAUUAUAUUGAAAGCAUUAUAAUUACAUGGAGUUUCUUUUUAGUGGGAAUAAUGUCUGCUUUUUUUUGCAUAAAAAUAUCUGGUUGAAUUUGGGACAACCGUAUAUCAGGCUCUGCAUCGAGACUGAAUCUAUAUUUUGUUUUGUUUCCAACAUUAUGCAGAUAACCCUGAGUCGCAAAUGUAUGUUGUUGCAAACGACAAAAGAAUUAUUUUGGCUUUCUCUCACAGUAAACUGAACUCGUCUUUUAACAUGCACCAGAAACCUGAUAAGGAAUACUUUGGUUGCAAAAAGUUCUUUAAUCGAAAAAUCUGAUGCCAGGUCAAUCAAGCACUCAAACUGCAGCGAUGUCAAGGAAGGUGGUUUUUCCAACAUGGCAACGCUCAUUACACAACAUGUCCCCCCAAAACAAGGUUGUUUUCAAUGAGGAACUUCUUCCUCAGCUCUUAUUUCGGAAAGCUGCGUCAGUGUUUUUCCGCGAGAAAGCCACCUUACUUCUGCGUGAAGAAGUAAAGACGUAUGUAGACUACCCAUGUCAUUACACAAUACUUUUAAAAGCCUUAUAUUCUUUAGCCGUGAUUUAAUAAAGUUAAUUAUUUUCACGCUUUCGCCCUACACUCUUUAAGGGAGACCGACUUUUUUUUCUUUUUGAGGGCAUGGCGGUGUAGAACGCAAAGUCUAUUGGUGCACCUUUAACAAUUUUCUUUGUUCUUGCAACGGCACCGGACGUUUUUCCAUUUAUGUAUGUCCUUAGUAGUACCCGUGGCAUGAUGGUUAGUGCGUUGGACUGUCAUGCAAGGGGUCUUGGGUUCAAUUCCU